AUGGGAGGGGAGCAGAUUAAAGAAAAGAAUUAAGAUGUGUGGCCUAUGUGUCCCGGCUUUCCACGAUGACUGUGAUCCUUACGUCCUGCAAAGGUACUAAUUAAAAAGAGAGAGAGAGAGAGAAAAAAAAAAAAAACAUACCGAGUGUCUACAGCCAAGUAGCAGUGAUGAAGGCCUGGUCUCUCAUGGAUAAAAACAGACUGGAUGGAGAUCUCUCUGGCCUACUCUACUCUCCAGCUGUGCUUCUAACAACGGAGAUCGGAGACCGUGAGUUGCAAUGAACUGGCCCCUGAAGAAGAAGCAGGAGGAGCACGCUGGCCCGCACUGGGCGGGAAUGGCACUGCCUUCCCGACACUGCCUCCUUCUGAUCGGCGCCCUGGGCAUCUUUGCGCUUGACUGUUUCACCAAAGGUCAGAAGAACAGCACGCUAAUUUUCACAAAGGAAAACACCAUCCGGAACUGCAGCUGCUCUGCAGACAUCCGGGACUGUGACUACAGUUUGGCCAACCUGAUGUGCAGCUGUAAAACCAUCCUGCCUUUUGCAGCAGAGCGAACCAGCUACAAGGGCCAUCUGACCAUCUGGUUCACGGACUCAUCUGUGCUGGGCCGCCUGUUGAACUUCACACCGGUCCAGGACCUGAAGCUUUCUCUGUGCAGUUCCAACACCCUCCCCACCGAGUACCUGGCUGUCUGUGGGCUGAAGAGGCUUCGAAUCAGCACAGAGGCCAAAUACCCUUUCCCAGAGCAGAGCUUACUCAUCCACAGUGGUGGGGACAGCGACUCCCCAGCGACUCCCACAUCAUCACACAAAGGCUGGGAGGCAUGUAUGUAUAUUUCAUUCCUGGAUGUGGCUCUUUUCAACAGGGACUCAUCCUUAAAAUCAUAUAGCAUUGAAAACAUUGCCAGCAUUGCCAAUGAUUUGCCUGACUUUUCUCACUUUAAAGCCUUCCCAAUGCCAAACAACAAAAGCUAUGUUGUUACUAUCAUUUACUAAUAUUGUAACUGUGUCCGAAA